UGACAGAAUAAAUUCGCCAUAAGCUAUAAAAAAUAAAAUUACCUCUAAAUUUCGAAUUUUAAUCUUCUUACUAAUAAACAACAUAGUACAAGACCACACAAUUUUAGCCUACUAACCUGUAACUGUCAAAAGAGUCAACAAAAUAAAUGUAAACAUAAACACAAACAUAAAUAUUUACUAUUUUACAAUGGAUUUAAGACUAGAAACUACAUCAGAGGAAAAUAAAAAACUAUUCAAAUUAAAACCGCAACGAAAAGACGGAUUAUUACUCAGUGUACACCAUACCAUAGGUAACACAAAAACUCGAUUCGUGUACGGAUGUUUCCAUCAUUUUAAUAACAUAGUAGCCGUAGCAAAUAAUCAAGGAAAUGUAUUUAUUAUCGACUAUUCGGUGUGUCGAUUUUGGGGUUUACGAAAAUUCGAUUCUUGUACCUUCAUCAGUUUCUCCCCGCAGAACAGUAAGCAUUUACUCGUCGGCGUUGAAACAGGAGUAAUUAACUUAUGCGACAUGAUUACUGGAAGUGUUGAACAAACUUUGAAAGGUCACAAAUUUGGUGUAGUAGGAGUAUCGUUCGAUAAAUCGAGGUACUGCUUGUCUUACUCAAAAUACGAGGCCAUCAUAUGGGACAUGGAGUCAGCUACGAAAGUUCAAGUGCUGAGAUUAGAACCGAAUUGCUCUUUGAAGUAUGUAUCGUUCGUGCCUUUCUCAGAACAUAUCGUGACUUGCUUCCAGGACGAUCUGAUACAAAUUUGGUCGCAUCACAAAUUCAAAAUCAUCAAGCAAUUAUCGCCGGCUAAUUGGAAGAAUUACUUUGUUAAAUCGAUAACAUUCACGAGAAACGGUGAAUACAUGGUUGUCUCCGGGCACGUUUCAACUAUAGGAAUAUUCCAUUUAGAUACCUACAAAGUAUUGAAGAUAAUAAAUCUCUCCGAUUAUUUAAAAUCGAUAAAACAGGUGGAAUUCGUACCGCAACCGUUCGAUGGCGGUUGCAAUAAAAUCUUAGCGAUAUUAUCCGGCCAAGGGAUUGUUUUCUUCUUCGAUGUCGAACGAAACGAAAUCAUCAGCGAAUUGCGUUGCCAAGUGGAAAUUAAUAAAAUCUCAUGCUCGACAGAUAGCGCUCAUAUUAUUUGCCUGCUGUGUUCGGGUACAGUCGAUAUUUACAAUAGCAGACAGUACACGAGCCCCCCUCGAGAAAUCCACGUGCACAAAAUCAGGAAGAAAUUAACGACAAACAGGAAAUCCUGCGCUAUUGAAGCAAUGCAUGUUAAGAAAGAGAUUAGCGAGUUGUUAGAUAUGAAAAAACUGAGGUAUAUACUCAAAGAGCAUCUGGAAUAUCCUAGCGAAUUCAGGAUGAAAAUCUGGGAACAUCUACUACAAUUACCCAACAACGUUGAACAAUACAACAGCAUUAUAAACAAAACUACUUUAGUAGCUUUCGAUGAUUUACACGAACGGUACCCGUUAGAAGACAGAACGUUCAUAAACGCUUUGAAAAUGUUGCUGAAUAACCUCGUAACGUGGUCUCCUUUCUUCUCCCACGUGGAAUACUUGCCCGUUUUCACGUUCCCUUUCGUUAGAGUUUUCCACAACAAACCUGUAGCUUGCUUCGAAGCCGCGUGCACUGUGAUAAUGAAUUGGUGUCAACAUUGGUUCGAAUACUUCCCGCUCGCCCCUGUCAACAUACUGGCUAUCGCCGAGAACAUGCUGAUGGAACACGAGCCCGAAUUGCUCGAUCAUUUCACCAGUCAUAAAAUUACUGCGAACGUGUUCGUUUGGUGUUUGCUCGAGACGGCUUUCUCCGAAGUACUCACUUCGUCCGAUUGGCUGACGCUUUGGGAUCACGUCCUAACCAACGAAAUAUCCUUCCUGAUAUCCACCGUAGUGGCGUAUAAUUCUCUGCAAAAGCAUUCGGUAAUGGCUCUGGCGAGUUUGGAGGACGUGCAGGUGUUCUACAAGAACCAAAAUCCGAUAGAUGUCAGGAAAUUGAUCAGAAUGAGUUAUAGUGUGUUGAAGAGUACCAGCGCAAGGUUCCAUCCUAGGCAAUAUUUGAGCAAAUUCCAGCCGUUAGAUAGGCAUAAUUACCCUCUGUUUUUCGAGUAUCCUAAGAAAAUAUUCGAUAUAAAAGAGGAGCGCGCUAGCAAGCUGGAUAUGGAGAUGAUAAAAUUGUUAAUUCGCGAGCACGAUUUGAGGAAAACCCGACAGAGAUCUCGGAAAGCUUCGUUAGAAGUCGACGAGGAGAAACGUCGAUUGAGAGAAGUGGAAAAACUUUGUUCGAAUCAAAUAAAAACUCGCGUAGAUUUGAUAGCUGACAAGCAAAAACGUUUGAGAGAACUUGAAGAUGACGCAAACAAGCAGAUUGUGGAAGAUGACGAGUUUAUUUCGCACGUUUUAAAGGCUACAAAUGGGAAUGAAACUCGGAGAGAACAAAUGGCAGUGAAUGCCGAUCUUGUAGACAAAUUCAUCAGAACGCUUUCCGCGGAAUUGGGACAAUCUAGCGAGAUUAAUCGAUUUCCUCGAACAGAUACGAAGAGUUUGUUGAACCGAUUCAUAGAGAAUCUAAACGAAGACUUGAAGAGCACCCAUAAUCGAGUGUCAAAAAGCACCCGAAGUUCGUGCAAAUCGCACUCAUCAGACCAAUGCUCCUGCGAUACUUUAUGCACCAAAACGGUGAGGUUCACAUCGAGCACCACCGGAGGCAGCACCGAUUGGUGAUGCACUAACAACAACCGCUUUAUUGUUAAAAA